CAACCAUGUUUCAUUGUAUAUACUGUGACGUAGUACACAUUCGGGAAGCACAGCUGUGACGUAGUUGGUACACAGGUGAAAACCCAAAGCAGGUACCCUCAGGUAAGAUAUCAAAUCCACAAAAGAUAUGAAGGGAACAUACCACUAUCCAGAUGGCAGUGAAUACUCAGGUGACUGGCAGGAGGGACAACGUCAUGGCUACGGAGUCAUGAAGUUCCCCGAUAGUUCUCAGUACUUCGGAAUUUUUGAUAAUGGUCUCUGUCAAGGGACUGGGGUCAUGAUAUUUUCAGACAAAUCCAGGUAUGAGGGUGAAUUUCAAAAUGGAAAGUUCAACGGUUAUGGCAUUUUUACACGAUCUGAUGGAAUGAAGUAUGAAGGACAAUUUAAGAGUGGACAGAUCUGUGGAUAUGGGCUGGUGACAUUUGCUGACCAGAGUCAUGGGCUCCCAAGGAAUGAGGGAUACUUUGAGGGAAACAAACUUAUGAAAAGGGAGAAAUGUGCAGGGGCCAUCCAAAGGGCCAGACAAGCUUCUGAACAGGCCAAGUCACAUCAAAGAUUCUCCUGAUUUAGGAGCACCUGUCCUGUAUAGAUUGUUAAUUGUAUACUUGUUAUAGGAUCCUCAUUACUUAUAUUUAUCAUUUAAUACAUGUUAAUACAUGUAAUACAAAGGAACCAUAUAUUUUAGACAAUGCAUAGCUUGUACAAUCUUUUAAUAUUUUAUAUAAUAUCAUGUUUGUUUGUUUGU